CUUCGGCAAUAAGAUACAAAACGUUAGCAGCACGACCUUCAGCUAUGCCCACGAACUGCGAUUUUUGUUCAUGCAUUACAACUUGAUGGCUGAGCUCCCCAAAGGCUUUUUCAGGCAUUUGACGCACAUCAUCAGAGUAACAUUGGACACCAACCUGAUGUGCUGCCAUCUCGAUCUUUUCAGGCAGGAUGCUGAUUGCGAAUAUACCUUCAAUGACAACUUCGCAAGCUGCCACUCCAUGUUCCGCAACCGUGCCCCGAGGAGAACUCUAUGGGUUGUCGGUCUUCUGUCGUUGUUAGGGUCUUUGUUUGUAGUUGGGUGGCAGUAUUUCUUCCCUGAUAACAAUGUGGUCCAGUCUAUCAUGUUGGUGAAUCUGGGUGUAUCUGACGGCAUCAUGGGUAUAUACCUUAUCAUCAUAGGUAUAAAAGACCUGCAAUGGUCAGGGGAAUACUACCUGCAUGACUAUGAGUGGCGCACCGGUUGGUUUUGCCAUUUCAAUGGUGCCAUGUCUGUCUUUUCAAGUGAGGUAUCAGUGAUGAUGAUUUCUCUGAUCGCAUGGGACAGACUCAAGAACAUCGUGUUUCCUUACACCUUUGCAAGAAUUACACCAAGGCAGACCCGCAUAAUGUGCGUAGUUAUCUGGCUGGUGGGAGGCAUUAUGGCAUUCCUUCCCUUGUCCGGAAUGCACUAUUUCAGUGAGAGGUAUUAUGGCAAUAAUGUAGUGUGCCUACCCCUGCAACUUUCCCCGCGAUUAGAAGAAGGCUGGGAAUACUCCACUUCCAUUUUUAUCGUUUUGAAUUUUUUCCUAUUCAUCUUCAUCAUGGUUGCUUAUGUUGCCAUUUUGUGGAAAUCAUGGUCGUCGAGCAGACGACUCGGUGGGCAUGGAACCAUCCGUGAAAUACGAGCAAGAGCACAAAGUGCACAGGCCAAAAGAGAAAGAGCACUUGCCAAAAGAGUCUUUUUUAUUAUUCUGACCGAUUUCUUGUGUUGGAUGCCAAUCAUUUCUAUCGGCAUCCGUUCCCACGUCGAGAAAACAUUUGAUCCUCCUGGUGAUCUGGCAGUGUGGAUAGCAGUGUUCGCUCUGCCAAUCAACUCAGCUAUCAACCCAUUGCUGUAUACGCUUUCUACUCCACAGGUAACAGUUUUUUUCUUACUUUGGAAUAGCACCUACUGUUAUGUGCAGGCUGUGUUGAAAGCAAAACUGAGGAAGCUGUGGUCCAAUGCUCGAUCCAUUUUCAGCGGAGGACAAGGUCAGGAAGAAGCAGACAAUGAUCGGGAGGGACAGAUUGGAAAUGGAGAUGAACAUGCUAACGACGAAGAGGGAGAACAAAUUGAAAUGCAGGUAAUAGAACACAACGAAAUCCCAGAAGUGGAAGCCCCUGAGUUGCCUGCUCAGCAACCAGCAAUUGAACAAGCCUGUGGAAGGGAUGCGAGUUCAUCUUCCUCAGUAACUGUUGAUCAGGGCGAGAGCCAGCAAAAAGAAGGUGCAGAUCAAGAAGGAGGAAGUAGGCCUGAACCUAAAAAGCCAACUGAGAAAGCUGGUGAAUCUGAGGAGCAGGUGGAGAUUGAAGAGAUUUCAGUUCCUAGUAACAAAGAAGCUAGAAAAGCUGAAGAAGAAGAGAAGGCGCAUGAGCCUGGCACGGAUGUCGCAGAAGAAGGGGAAGAAGAGGUGUUUGAUACCAGGCUUUAG